AUGGCCUCUGAUGGUGGAAAAGACGAAAACUGGGCAUCUGCUACAUACAUAGUAGCCUGGUCAACGCCCAGGAAGACAGUUGAUCUAUAUGUUCAACUUAGCUUAUUCAGCAUGUUGGAUAAAGAUCAGCAAACGAAGCGACUGUUGUUUCGGAAGUUUCAAAAGGGAUUUGAUGAAAAGGAAUAUCAAUUGGCUACAGCAGAGAAGAAGAUUGCAAUGUUGGAAGCAGAAGUUGAGGCUGGAAUGGUACGGAAGCGGCGUAAGGUCCAAAUUAGCCCAAAUUCGAAGUUUGCCAACAUUGAGGCAAUUCACAAAGCCUAA